UAUAAUUUAAUUGAUUUUUGCGAUUUUGAGAGGAUUGCCAUCCAUUGCAUCUUUACCUUGUUUUUUUUUAUGAAUCUACACUUUUUUUAAGACUUUGCUUUUUUAAAAUAAAAAUUCAGCACGUAGUUCGUGUUAUCAAACAAGGAAACUGUCAAAUAGGGUUAAAUACAGAAAAUUGUAGUACAAAUGGAUUUACAGUACAAAACUAUCCACCCUGUGAAAUAUAUGCAAGAUCAUUUGGAACAAAACGUUCGGACAGAUGGUAGGAAAUUUUUGUCGUUUCGACCAGUAAGUGUGAAUGUUUCUUCAAUCAUUCAAGCAGACAGUUCAGCAAUAUUCAAAUUGGGUGACACAACUGCAGUUUGUGGUAUUAAAGCUGAAUUAGCAACACCAAACUUAAACACUCCGGAUCAUGGUUACAUAAUACCAAAUGUGGAAUUACCUCCUCUCUGUUCUUCAAAGUUUCGUCCAGGCCCACCUAGCGAACAGGCACAAGUGCUUUCCAAAUCAAUAGAUAUUAUUUUGAGUAACUCUGCAGCACUUGACUUAACAGACCUUUGCAUCUGCAAAAGUAAAUUAGUAUGGGUCUUAUACUGCGAUAUCUUAUGUCUGAAUUACAAUGGCUCAGUUAUAGAUGCUUGCAUUGGAGCAUUGAUGGCAGCUCUCAAAACAUUAACCUUACCUGAGGUAAAUUAUAUUAAGGAGACAGGAGUAACUACCGUACAUCCGAAAAACAGAAAAAAGUUUACUGUGAGAACAUUACCAAUUUCUACAUCGUUCGCAGUAUUUGAAAAACAAUUAUUAAUAGCUGAUCCAACGGAUGAUGAGGAAGAUUUGUCAUCAGGAAAAUUUUCUAUUGUGAUGGAUGAUGAGGAAACAAUUUGUUAUGUACAUAAACCUGGCGGAAUUCCAAUCUCUCAGAAUUUAUUUUCCAAAGGACUGGAAAUAACGAAAACAAGAGCAAAAUUAGUUAGAUCGGUAAUCGACGCUGCUAUUUCAACACUCAAUGUAAACGAUGUGAAAAUAAAUACUUGA